CGCCAACCAAAAUAGACAAUUUAAACCAUUUAAACUCUGCCCAUAUAAGUUGAAGGAUUUUCAUUCAGAAGAACUAAGACGACUCGUAGUGAAAGACGAGAUUCUUCGGAAGUCACGAAGCCGAUGACCCUUCUAACAAACAGAACAACAAUUGAUAUAGUUGGACAACUGAAUAAACAGCAUUACGAAAGUUCAAACAACCCUCUUUUGAGAUACUCACAAACUCAGCUAAUUCAAAACAACUCUCAACAGCAAGUUCGAAAUAUUACAAGAUCUACUCAAAGGAGAAGAAACUACGGUGGAGGAAAAUGGGAAAGAGAUAAAAGAAGCACUAAAUUCAAAGUGUCAAGACUGCAACAAGCCUUAUCAUAUAGAAUGGAUCAUUAUCGAAACCCUGGACAAGAUUGUAGGAAGGAAAAGCAGAAAGACAGCAAUUAACAACAAUCGAACAUUAACAGAGAAAGGCAAGGCACAAGCUGAAUACACGGAAGCAAAAAAAACAAGUGAAAUGGAGCUUCAGAGCUGGCAAAAAGAAAUACAUCCAAUACCUAACAACAGCAGUGGAAAAAGCUGCAACAGAUGGAAAUAUCAAACAACUAUAUGAC